GCGCUCUAAUUGUAAAGACUAGGUCAUUUGCCCACCGCUGGUUAUUCUCUCAAUUUCAAAUCUACUAUUCAUCACCCAUGUCUUUUCAUAAGUUGUGGAGGAAAGCACAAGACAAUCCGACUGAAUUUUCAGUUUGGAUCAGCCUUUUGGAUCUCGUUGAAAAACAGCAAAAUAUUGAGUAUGCUAGACAAGCCUUUGAUGCUUUUUUCAAACGUUUCCCAUAUUGCUAUGGUUAUUGGAAAAAGUUCGCUGACAUGGAACGCCAUAAAGGAAAUAAGGAAAAGUGUUUACAAGUUUACGAAAUGGGAGUUAAGACCAUACCUUUGAGUGUUGACCUCUGGACGGCCUAUUUGGACGCUGCCACUGAAUACUACCAUACGCAUGAUGACUAUGAAACUAAAAUGCGCAGUCUCUAUGAAUCUGCAGUGGAUUCUGCUGGGCUUGAAUUUCGUUCUGAUGCCUUGUGGGAGCACUAUAUCAGCUGGGAAAGUGGACACAAUCGACUAGUUAAUGCUGCGAAUAUAUAUGCUCGUUUAUUAUCAAUCCCAACUCAACUUUACUUUCAAAAUUGGGACAGUUUCAAUAAAUUAGUAGAGGAAAAUCGUCCUGAGGAUAUACUGUCUAAAAAUGAGUUUGCAAGUAUGGUGUCACAAAUUUCAGCGGCUACUGGCAAGCCUGUCUCGCUUGAACAAUCAACAGGAGACAUUAGUGAUGAGUUGGAACCACCAAUUUUAGGAUCUACAAAGCCAGUGAUCGAAAUAACAGAUUCUGUCAGGGCAUCUGUGCGACAAAUGAUAAUUGAUUCGCGUGAACAAAUUUAUCGGGCAACUUAUAUGCAGAUUAUGCGGCGGUGGUAUUUUGAAGAAAAGAUCCGACGUCCAUAUUUCCAUGUGAAACCUCUUGAAGAAGUGCAACUAAAUAACUGGGCUGAAUAUUUAAGUUUUGAAGAAGCAGAAGCUGGAACUGUAAUUUCACAUAUAAGAGAACAAAUAAAAGUGACUAAUCAGUUAUCUGAUGAUAAAUUAGAAGAAGCUGUUCUUGAAUAUCCUGAAGUAAAACUUGCUAAACGUCGUGUUCGUGUUCUUUAUGAGCGUUGUCUUGUUGCUUGUGCUCUAUAUGAACACUUUUGGAUACGUUAUGCAAAAUAUUUAGAGUAUACUGAAGGAGAUAUAUCUGCUGCACGUGAAGUAUGGCGACGUGCUUGUAUCACUCAUUUACCGUACAAGCCAACAAUUCAUUGGCAUUGGGGUUGUUUCGAGGAUAGAUAUCCUGCAUGUUUAGAUAAUCCUCAAAAAUUCGAAGUCCUUACUUGUCUCGAUAUUUUGACAGACUUAGAGAAACGCUUAACGGAUAGUGCUCUUGUAUGUUGUAGACGAGCAGAUGCUUUAAGAAGAGCAGGGAAACCACUGUUCGAUAUUAUCGCUUGUUUGCGCAACGGUAUCAAUCGGCUUCGUUAUCUAGUUCAGGAGCAAAAUAAAGUAGCACAAUGCGUUUCUGGAGCUACUGCUUCUCGCACUGUAGCACAAGCUAUUGCUACUGCAGCACAAGCUCGUUCAGGAGCGGGUGUUCUUGCUGGUCGUCUUGCUCGAUUGUUUCAUCGCAACGAAUCACUAGCCCCAGACGGAAUACCUGUAUGGAUGUUGUUGCUCAGUACGAAAUAUGAAGAGGAAGAGGAUGAAUCGAUGAUAAUUGACCUACCUAAAAUCGAAGAAACUAAUCUCAAAGAAAAAAUUGUGGGAGCAGAAAGUAAUGAUAACCUCACUGAGAAAUCAGAUGAAGCUUCCAAAUCUCCUGGGGCUACGAAAGUCGAUGAAGAAAAUAUUACAGAUGAAGCAAAAGAAAUCAAUACUGUAACUAGCGACCGUGAAUCUGAUUCGGAUAUUGAAGCUGCCUCGUCUGAUAACGAUGUGACAAUGGAUGAAGAAACUGAUGAGGAAAGCUCCGAGAAGCCAUCAAUGGAUGCAACGACGACAUCCAACAAAGAUGAGCACACAAAUGAGGAUGCUUUAGAUGAAUCUGGCUCUCCUCCCAUUCUAGUUGUUCCUUGUUCACAAAAAAAGAAAAAACAUCAUAAGCGUAGGCACAGGGAAAGCAAAAAGUCGAGGCGAAAACAUAGUUCUAGCAAAAAACCGAAACUGGAAGAUGAGAGUUCUGAAAAAGAGGAUAAAGAUGAAGAAAAUGCUGAGGACGUAUCAGGGGAUGAAUCAAAACCAGUUCCUGAGGUUGACCAAACAGCUGAAGAAGAGGAACGUAUACGUAUACUUCUUAACAGACGACACAAAGUAAUUGAGAUCCACGCCCCUUCCCCAUCGGAACUUACGGACGAGGAUCGUGUCGUUAUUUCUUGCGAAGAGGCAGCUAUUAAAGUCCUUAAAGAAGCCAUUGAUUAUGACCCAGUGAGUCUUUUUGUCAAUCACCCUGUAGUUUAUAACUUUGUCAUUUGUCAUAACGACUAGAAGCUGUAAACUAGACACAUUAGGAUUCUUUCAUAUGGUCUCAGUUAACAUCAUCAACACCCCAUCUACUUAGGUUUAAAUAGCUGGGUAGUAUCAGUAACUAUUGUGUAUUGUAAUUUGAAAAGGAUUAUGUGAACAUGUGCUUGAUUUAUUGAUUUGCAUUUGACUCAGUCGUCUGUUUAUUCAACCGGAUUUCUGGUUGAAGCAUCAAUCUACUUACCAUAGUUAAGAUGAAUACAUACUACACUUAAUCUCCAGUGUAUAAUUCAUGAUCUUACCUGUAAUUAUUGCGUUACAUCAUUAUUUGUAUUAUAAAUCAAGAUGAUUUAGUUUCCGUUGUUACACAAUUCUUGUUUUGUAUUUUUAUGAUAAAAGCGUAACGAGCGGUUGUAUGCCCAGUUACUCGAUAUCAUCUAUCAACGUAGGCCGGUUGAUAUUGAAGGAUUUAUUGAAGCCACUAAUCUUGCCACAAUUGAUUCAGUUUUGCCAGCGCAUAUCAAAUUAGCUUUCUGUCAACGUAAGCUACAAUUUUUAGAAGAAUUCGAUACUGAUUUAUCUAGGUUAAAUGCUACAUAUGAAGAAUACAUGAGUCUUUGUGAUGCAAUCAAUACUGGUGUAACCACAUCAGCUAUUGCUCGUGGAGCUAGCAGACUUAUAAGUGGUUACCAGUUGCCAGAUCUUUUAAAUUUGCCAACAACUUCUCUCAGAGUUAGUUCAGUAAUUGGAGCAAAUUCCUGUGAAAUGGUAGUUUCUGCUGCACCAGUUGGUCGUACACCUUGUUUAAAUACUGAUCAAUCAGCUUUGGAAGCUGCUGCUUCAGUUGGAACACCAGCACCAGACCCAUCCACUGCCGCUGGUUAUUACACUGCUGGAGGAUAUGAACCAUUGGCUGCCGCUCUUGGUAAUACAUCUGGGCUUCCACCUCCUGUUCCAACAGGUAUACCCGUUAUGACACCUUCAGUUGCAAUUCUUCCCGGUGUGUCGGAUACAUCGACUUCAGGUGCGGCUGGUUUGACAGCAGAUGCAUAUGCAACUUAUUACUAUACUGCAACAACUGGUGCUUCGUCUGUCCUCGCGCCUGUCAUUGUUCCAGCGGCAGUAGAUGUCAAUUUGUCCGCAUCAUCAGGGGUUACCUCAUCGACAGUAACUUCAGUAACCACAUCUCUGUCAUCAACGAUAUCCGUUGGACAAUAAUUUCAUAACAAUAUGCCACAUUCGGUGUUUUUUUCUAAUGGCUCUUGAUGCUUCCCACUUUGUGUUUAUUACGUAUUUUUACGAAAUCAUUUUGUUGUGGUUUGCUAAAUAUAUAUGUAUCUAUAAGAUGGUUU